AUGUCUUUGAAACAGGAAAUUGAGACGUGGGUCUCUGCCCUUGGUCGUUACGAUAACAAUGAAUUUGAUGAAGCGUUGAAGGAGUUUGAUGGCAUUGCAGAUACCUCAAAGAUUCUCUUCAAUUGUGGUGUUAUUCAUGCGACAUUGGGGGAACAUGAGAAAGCGGUCGAAUGUUAUCAAAAAGCCGUUCGUCUGGACCAAUAUCUAGCCGUAGCAUAUUUUCAACAAGGUGUCUCGAAUUUCUUGGUUGGCGAUUUCGAGGAGGCUUUGGCAAACUUCAAUGAUACCUUACUAUACUUGAGAGGAAACAACAUGAUCGACUAUGCUCAACUUGGUCUUCUAUUCAAACUGUACUCGUGCGAAGUGUUAUUUAAUCGUGGGUUGUGCUACAUAUAUCUACAACAGAAGGAAGCAGGACUGCAGGAUUUCUCCUUCGCUGUGAAAGAGAAGGUUGUUGAGGAUCACAAUGUUAUCGAUGAGGCAAUUCGCGACGAAGCCGAGGGUUACACCGUUUUCUCAAUUCCCGUAGGAGUUGUUUACAGGCCCAAUCAAGCGAAGGUCAAGAACUUGAAGACAAAGGAUUAUCUGGGCAAAGCACGUUUAGUUGCAGCUUCAGACCGUGCAAAUGCUUUUACUGGAUUUGCUGGUUCAGAGAUUAAGAAUGCUGGUAUAAUCCAACCCAAGGAUGACCGUCCGACGGAGAAUCUUUCAUACGCAGCGGCAAACCUUGUAAAGCCAGGUUUGGCCAGCAAAAGACAACAAUCAGAGCCACCUCUGAACCGAAAUGUUUUCCCACCCACACCACCUCCUGAGGCAGAGAAGGCUUCUGGACCUCCACCCAUGAGUCGCGGAGCUUCUGUUCGGAACGGACCUAAACCCAUGCCGCCUAAACUCAACAUCGAAAGAGCACGUCCUAAUGAAGGUUAUGAGAUUCGUGAACGUGAUGAUGCAAGAAGCCCUCCAGAUGCGCGACCCACCAGACGUGGAACUCAAAGAACAGCAUCAGAACCAAGGGGACCAUCGCAAAUGCAAUACUCCAACAAAAGAUCCGAAUCACGUUCAAGACAACCACAGCCACCAAGACGAAUGCAAUCAACGCAAGAGGAAGAUGAUGACUACCCGGAGGACCUCUACGAUAUGUACAGCUCCCCAAAUCAAAGAUCGAAUAACUCUAGACGCAAUACCCGGAAUAGAUAUAUCGAAGAAGAAAGUGAAUACGCAAGCGACUACGAUGAAGGCUCUUUUGACGAAGAUGAGUUCGAAAUGGUCUCUAGUCGUCCGCCUCCUAGAUCCCGCACAACAUCCUCAAUUAAUGGUGGUAAUGCUCGAGCUGGUUCUCGUCAACCUGAUAUUCGCAAAGUUCGUGUGAAGGUCCACGCCGAGGAUGUACGAUAUGUUAUGAUAGGCUCGGCUAUCGAAUUCCGCGAUUUUCAAGACAAGAUAAAGGAAAAAUUUGGGCUGCGUGAUCGAUUUAAGAUUAAAGUUCGUGAUGAGGAUGUUCCUAAUGGCGAUAUGAUUACAAUGGGUGAUCAGGAUGAUUUGGAUAUGGUUUUGAUGAGUGUGAAAUCAAAUGCAAAGAGAGAACGAUUGGACAUGGGAAAGAUGGAAAUUUGGGUAGUAAAAGCAUGA